AUGGCUGCAGAGGUGAGGACCCAAUUGGCUGAAUAUCCAUUGAUGAGUCCAAGGGCUGAGCUGAAGCCUGAGAAGACCCUCUACCCUUUCACAGGUCUCACCGGGAAGCCCGUCUGUGUUGUCAGGGACGAGUUCUCUCUGGCCGCCUUGCCUCAAGCCUCCCUCUUGUCCCGCUGUCUGAUGGGGAUGCCCACUAUCUCUGCCCCCAUUGGAGAUCCGCAGUCCAAUCGGGACCCCCGGCUUUCUUCUGGGGCCUGGAAGAAGGAGUCGAAGGGCCUGGCUUCGCAGGUGGUCGUCGUCACCAAGGAGAACGAACUGAAGAACAGGGAGGAGGAACAGAAGGAGGAGCCCCAGCGAGAACAGGGGGCAAAGUACUCGGCGGAGACUGGGAGGAUCAUCCCUGCUUCCACCCGAGCCCUCGGCCUUCGCCACUCCCGCAAGGGCCAAUGGAACGGCCCUUCAGGCAGAGACGGAGGCGUCCAGGCCUUCAUCCUGCAGAACCAGGAGCUGCUGAUCUUGGAGCUUCUUUGUCAGAUCCUGCAAACAGACUCCUUAAGUGCUAUUCAGUUCUGGCUGCUCUACGCUUCCCCAAAGGAGAAAGACUUGGCACUGAGGCUCCUGCAGAUAGCGGUGGCUCAACUCCUUCCCCAGGCUCUAGUCUCCCUCCCGACAGAACAACUCUUGAACCAGCUCUAGGAAGUCCAAGGACCACCUCAAGAAAGGGAGCAGCCACCCUACAGCCAAUCCCCAAAGAAAACAAAGACACCACCGCUACCAAAAAGCGAAAGACCCGAGCACAUUGGAAAAGCACAAGUCCUCCGGAUGCAUUCAAGCCAGAACACAGACGAGAAAGCGCCAGAGCCAAAGGCAGAGUGCUGA